AUGGCCGUUUACGCCUACGGCAUCGGCCUCUUCCGUCAGGCGGUCACCAACUACACCAACCUCUUGGUAACGGGCGAGUUGACGCCAACCGGCCAUUCGGUCGGCCGAGACGCCGGUCUCGACACGGACUCGGCCGACGGAUCCUCCUCUCUCGGCCGGUUCCCGCAGCAAUGCAGCCCCGACUCUGGCCAUCAGUCCGGCCGGACGCCGGUCCUAGACGUCGGCCUCCGGACGGCCGAACACGCCGGACUCAACCUCUCGCCGGCCGUGCUCGCCGUCACCACAAAGUACUGGCAUCCGCCGCAGACGACAACAAUGCCGUCGUCACGGCAACUGCGCAAGACGAGCCAGUGUCGUACGGGCACGCCGUUGCCCAACGGGGCCGAAAGCCUGGUCGGUACAGGCCAUAGUGACCGGGACUCGUGGGCCCAGCGUCCCCUCGGGCCGGGCAGACGACGCGGCCGCAUCGACAGCCCCGACCUGCUCGGCGUCAGCAUCCUGGAGACGGGUGUGCUCGAUAGGCAGCCGGAGGCUGGCAACCUGAUGGGCGCCUCCUGCAUGAACCGGUUGCCCAUCGCGGCCAGGCCUCGAGCCCAGAGCUGCCUGUGGCCGGGGCUCGUCUCGACCGUCUGCUUCCUCGUGCUCUUCGCCAGCCGGGCCUGUCUCAUGGCGCCCGUCGUGCAGUGCUACUGGACCUGGGGCCUCCGACUGGCCGUCUGCUCCACGGUCGUCUCGCUGCUCCAUCUCGUCGCUUGGCUCGCUCUCUGGCUCGGCCUCUCCGUCAAGACGGCCUGGCGCUUUCGCCUCGUGCAUCUCGUCGACCAGCUCGCCUCGCCGUCGCCCUCGCCGUCCGGCCUCGCCGUCGCCGUCGCCGCCGCCGCCGCCGCCUCGCACUUGGCCGCGGCGCCAGCGCCUACGUCGGCGCCGGCGCCGGCCUCGGCCGCCGAGGCGAUGGGCGAGGCGGGCGGCCGCGACGCCGUCGCCGUCGCCGUCGCUCUGGCCCAAUGGGAGAGCCUGUUGCGUCAGACCGGCAGUCCGCUCCUGCUGGCCGGGCUCAACGGCCUGUUGGCCGGCAACCCGGCGGCCGCCCGGCUCCUGCUGCCGCUGCUCUACCAGCACCCGACAGCGGCGGGCGCGGGCCUGCGCCAAUCGGCCAGUCUGCACGGCUUCGGGGCGCCAAGCGGCGCCGGCGACUCCGUCUACGGUUGCUUCACGGAGAUUCUGCCGCCGCAGACGCCGGCCGGCCUUGGGCACCAACAACUCGGUCGUCUCGGUCCGCCCACCGUCUCGGACGACUCGGACGCCUGCGCCAGUCCGCCCCACGAACAGACGCCCACGCCGACGCCGACGCCCACACCCACGCUGACGCCAGCCACCGGCGGACAGUCCAAAUCGGCCCACCAACACCAACACCACAACCAUUUACACCACCACUCGCGCCACCAUUCGCACCAGCUUCAUCAACAACAACAACAACAACAACAACAACAACAGGCACACGAGCUGGCCGGCUCCGGCGGCGGACUGACGACGGCUCAGUUGACGAGCUACGUUCACCUGCAGUCGGCGCUGGCGGCGGCCGCAGUGGCUGCCGCCGGCGGCCUCGGUGAGCUCGGCUCUCCGCCGGGGCCGGUCAACUUCCGCUCGGCCCCGAGCGACGUCGGCUCGUACGAGACGGCGCCCAUCAACGUGGCCCUCUCGACGUCGCCCCACCUCGACCUGGGCCCGAGCAACGGCGGCCAACUGGCAGACGGCCAGUCGAGCGACGCCGGCCUCUCCUGCGCCCCGGCGCCCGGCAAGCCGGCCUCGGCCGGGCUGUUGCCCACCGACCCGGCCUACGCUACACUCUCCUCCCUCUCCGGUCACCGCGGGCACCACAACAACCACAGCAGCCACGGCAACCACAUUCAUGCGGCGGAUGGUUUCUUCGAGGUGGCAGCGCCUCGGCAGAUGCUGACGGCGUCGUUUUCGUCCGGCUCUGCGGCCGGGUUGGGCGCGAGCCCCACCGGCCUGGUGAGCUUCGGCAACGGCUCGAGCCAGUUCGGCCGGCGGCUCAACGCCUCCAGAGUGACGUUUCGCGAGGCGCGCGGUCUGACUCUGCCCUCGGGGCCGCCGGAGAUGAGCACCGAGUUUCUCGGCGCCGCCUCCAGCCCGGCCCAUGUCGGCUCGGCUGGCAACGGUCUGGCGGCCAACGACACGGCCAACGGCAGCAGCGACAGCGGCCUCUGUACCAACAUCACCAACGGUUCUGCGGGCUCGAGUUCGCGGGGCGGCGAUGUGACGCGCCUCUUCUACGAGGACCACCGGUCGGUGUACUCUCGCGAGAUGGGCCUCAACCAAGUGGGCCAGAUCGACGGUCUGUCGACCGGGCCGGCCGGCCAGACGACGGUCGGCUGUCUUGACGACCUGGAGACGACGACAGGUCCAUCGCGGUUCUACGAGAACCAGCACUCUCUGCUCGACCACUCGGACCUGGAGCCGGAGGCCAACUGGCCAGGCCGCAGCCGUCUCCUUGACGUGGCCACGGAUCUGACGAGUCGCGAGCCCAACGGCCGGCCCGUCUGCCGCGAUCUCGCCUCCUCCAGGACCGGCUCAGCCCAGCACCAACGAGCCCAGAAGACGCUCGUCUGUCCCGUCCGGCAGUCGCGAGCCGACGCCGCCGCGGAGCACCUCUGCAGCCAAGUCUAG